UUCCACUGUCGCUACACAUCAAUCCCACAUGCCGCAAGCAGUGUUGUCCACAAAAAGAAAACCUUCGACCAAAAGGACUCGUAACUCUACUCUGAAAGUCAAAAGUGGUUGCAUCACAUGCAAAGUUCGACACGUUAAAUGCGACGAACAGAAGCCCUCAUGCCACCGAUGCACGAGCACGGGUAGGAAGUGUGAUGGAUACGCCACAGCCACGCCAAUUUCGCUGAUCAAACCCGUUCAAUAUGCUCAAUUUGCCGAAGGCGUCGAGUAUCUAGAGUUUUACCAUCACUCCACCGCCCAAACCCUCUCGAAUCAGUUCGAUAACGGAUUCUGGUCUCGUACCACGCUGCAACUGGCCCUUUGUGAGCCUUCUAUCCGCCAUGGCUUGAUAGCGUUGAGUUAUCUCAGCAAGUCAUUGCCCACUAGUGUACGAGAUGUGCAUGCGAAAGCAGCUCCUUCCAACAUGUUCUACUACUAUUACAGCAAAGCUGUGGGAUCACUCGCCAGACGCAUGGCAGAGCCGUCUUGCACGUUGGAGAUCAGCCUCACCGCUUGUCUCAUAUUUGUCUGCAUUGAUCUAUUGCAAGACAAGCGCAGCUCGGCCGUCGAACAUUUUCAAAGUGGAAUCAAGUUGAUUGCAGAGCGAUGUGGUGCAAAGAACGAAUUGCUACCCUAUUCUAAAACAUCUCGCAAACUGGCCAAAGGCCUUCCAGCUUCCUCUAAUAAGGGCAAUGCAAUUCUUGAGGAAACCAUAAUUCCAAUUUUCAGACGUAACAUCAUCGUAGCACUUCUCAAAGGCAUUCCAAUUAACACCAUCGUCCCUGUACAAGACAUCCUCAGCCCGUCUAUUCCGAUGCCUGCACCGGGUACAAUAUGCACCAUCGCUGAUCUCAGUCUACUCGGCGAUCACAUUCGCAACGCCUCAGUCUUCUUCGCGCAAAAUGCCGCUGUAAAAACAAUGUCCAAACAACCCUACACCCCGCAAGAUACAUCCUCCCAGCAACAACUCCUUGCCCACCACAACGCCUGGUUCGCCGCCCUCCUCGACCUCGAGAACUCUCGUCAACUAUCUGCAGCCGAGCUCACCAUGUCCUCAGCGCAGAAAGUCGCAAACUGGAUAUCUUACAUCAUCAUCGCCUGCGCCCUCGAUUUCCGCCAAAUGAACUACGACAACUACAUCCCCACGUUCCAGCAAAUCAACCAUCAUGCCUCUAUUCUUCUCUCGAACCCCCCCUCGUCCCCAGCUGGUAAAUCGUCUCAAACUCAAAACUCACACUUCACAUUUGAACUCUCCCUCAUACCUUCCCUGUCCUUCGCCGCUGCCCGCUGCCGCUGCCCUACCACGCGGCGGAUCUCUCUCGCACUUCUCCAGCGAACCCCCGCGCGCGAAUCCUUCUAUGAUGCCGAAGUUCAACGCGCAAUCGUGGCUCGCAUCAUCGAGAUCGAGGAACAGUGUCUUGAUCCCGAAACAGGGCGACCUGCGGCGCACUCGCGAUUGCUGGGAAUGGGGUCAAGGGGGGGUUUUGAUAAAGAAGAGAGUUUCGACAAAGAAGGGAGGGCGUUGGUGACUUUUUCUUAUGUUGGGUGGUGGGAGCAGUGGAUGAAGGGUGGGGUUUUGGAUGAUGCGGGGAGCUGGGAAGAGAAGGUUGGAUGGGUGGAGGGGAUUGAGAGGGUAAGGUGA